UGAUUGCAGCCAUGCUGACGUCGCAUCUGUACACCCAUACUGCCCCCGACGUCCCAUACAUGACCUGCACAGCACAGCAUGGUGCCGGAGAGGUGUGUGAUACAGACAGCAGACCCAACACAAGAUGCACCUCUGCCUUCCAUCCAUCCAUCCAUCCAUCCAUGUGCUUACUGCCAGCCUGCGGCAAGAAGGGUCGAUGUCAAAGCUGAGCAGCUCACAGUGCCGGCCCGCCGCGUCCUUGCUGCGUACAACAAGCAGGCACCCAACACAACAAGAGACAGUAGAUACCACUUGUCAUCAUCAUCGCCAUUGAUGCAUCCAUCCGUGGCUGAGUGACCCUCACUGACCAUCGCUCGUCGGCCUCCAUCCGAAUACCGUACGCCUCCAAAGCUUUGCCUCUAUCCUCUCGCCGCGCCUCAUCGAGCCCCACCCGCUGCACCACUCCCAACCCCCCGCGCAUCCCUCGUCCAUCCGCCAUAGACCGGUGCCCCGCCACCGAUGGUGGGACACCACACGGGCACCUCAACGCAAAGAGGGUCUCGCUGUUGGACGCUACGAGUGUCGCACCGUCAGGCGUCCACACGAGCAUGGUGUGCGAUGGGUCGUGGCUGAUGUGGGGGGAGGGUGCCGGUACGCUGUAACGCUCGCGUGCAGAGCUUGUCAUGUCGAGAAGGGAGAUGGUCAAGGAACUGUGCGCACAGCAGAGGAAUACGUGCGGUGCGGCGGGUUGAGUAACUGUGCUAAGGGGCUGACUUCCCGGCUGACUGACCGGUCUGCGUUCGUCUUGAUGAAAGCUAUACUCUUGCCGGUCGGGUUCCACCUUACGUCAGCGAUCACGGAGCCAUCGAACCAGACGCCGCCACCCACACGCAUAGGCUCACGAUGGCGCAUCAGCGUUGGACAGCAUGGGCUGCCACACCUCGAUGCCGCUCGUCCACACGAGCGCCACUGUGGGCCGCAGAGCAUAGGGCUGCCAAUCGAGCCCCACAAGAUGGGCCUCUUUCCCAUCAACACCUGUACACAUUCACACACAUCCACCUACACGGGUCGGUCGGUCUAUCUGUCUGUCUGUCUAUCUGUCUGAUUGCAUGUCCGUAUAUGUAUCACCUUUGCCAAUGGGGCUGGUGCUGUCGGGCACGAGUAUCUCCGGCACGACAUGGGUGAACACUGCAUGUGGUUGCGAACGGGUGAAGGCUGCAGCCAGGGCAGACAAACAGUAAGGCAGGCCGCAUUGUUGCACGCACAUGGAAAGACGGUCGUGGCAUCUACUUAGUACCAGUCUCAGCCAAGGGGACGCGAAAAACACUCUGCCGAUCGCCACUUAAACCUGUCCGUACGUGUAUACACAAGUCAAGUACACACCCUCGUCCGGAUUUGUGACCCCUCCAUCCGUCCCUCCCUCACCCGACAAACAAACCUGUGAUAUGCAU